UCUCUCUCUCUCUCUCUCUCUCUCUCUCUCAUCGUUCCCAUCGCCUCUUUCGCUCGCUCUCUCUCACGCUCCGCUCUCGAGCGAUCCCCAACGAGGAAGGGGGGGGGCGAGGAGGAGACCCCGAUCGAGCGCCAUGGGGGUCGCCAUGGACGUGUCGGCUCUCAAUUUGAAGACCGCGGGGCUCGUCCUCGGCGCGGGGAAGAAGGUCGACCGGGUGGUCGAUGUUAGGGUUCCGAUCGUGGGGUGGAAGGGGAUGGGGAUGGGGAGGGCGAGGGCGAGGUCGUUGGUGGUGGUGAGCGCGGCGGGGAAGAAGAAGAACCACGAUAACCCUUCUUCUUCGGGUAAUGGUGAUCCAUCUAUUCCGGAGGGAGAUGGCGCGGAUGAGACAAAUCCAGCGCUCGACAAAUCAAAGCCUACUGACUCCGCACACAAGUCCGGUCACACCUUAUCUGACUGGCGAGAUUUCAGGGCAAACCUUAUUUAUAGAUGGAAGGAUGAUUUGCUUGAUUCUGAAGCUCCCACCAAGGACAAAGCCUUGAACGAGCCUACCCAACAUCUAGGUCUCAAGUGGGCUCAUCCUAUUUCGUUCCCGGAAACUGGAUGCGUGUUAGUCGCCACCGAGAAGCUCGACGGCGUCAGCAGCUUCGAGCGAACCGUCGUCCUUCUCCUCCGAUUAGGCUCUCAAAGUCUGCGAGAGGGCCCUUUCGGAGUCAUCCUCAACCGCCCUCUAAACAAGAGAAUCAAGCACAUGAAACCCUCCAACGCCGACCUAGCUACCACCUUCGCGGAUUGCCCCCUCUUCUUCGGCGGCCCCCUCGACGCGAGCAUGUUCUUACUGAAGACGGGCGAAAACUCGCCCAAAACACCGGGCUUCGAGAAAGUCGUCUCAGGAAUCUCUUUCGGCGCGAGGAAUAGCUUGGAUGAAGCCGCCGCGCUCGUGAAGAAGGGUGUGCUGAGGCCGCAGGAUUUCAGGUUCUUCGUGGGCUAUGCGGGGUGGCAGUUUGAUCAGCUGUUAGGGGAGAUCGCGAACGAUUACUGGGUGGUCGCCGCGUGCAGCUCACAUUUGAUCAGUGGGGCAGCGGCCGAUUCGUCGGUGGACUUGUGGGAGGAGAUUUUGCAGCUGAUGGGUGGGCAAUAUUCGGAAUUGAGCCGGAAACCAAAGCAAGAUAGCUCUUGAAGAGUUCUAAGGGUAGGAUUUAUGGUCAUUUGUACAGAGAAGUAAUUUAAACUGAACAUUAUGGUAAUGAUUUGUCUCUCUUUUUCUCUUUUCUUUUGAUUUAGAAAUGAACUUCCAGUUUCAUGUAUUUAAUUACUGAAUUAGUUUUCGUGAUAUAAGGGAUUUUCUUAGUAAAGGGGUAUGAAGAUCUCAUUGGUGUCAUAUUGUGAUGAUAUUUGGUUUCCAUGAAAAAUUCUUUGUGGGAUUAGAAAGUGAGAUAAUAUUUAUGGUUUGAGUUAAAUGAUAAACAAUAUUGGCCCUCAAUUAUUAA